CAGCCCAGCGCCCGGCCCCGCAGAGCGCCGCGCACUCCCGGCGGCGCGAUGCUGUGCUUCUUGAGGGGAAUGGCCUUCGUCCCCUUCCUCCUGGUGACCUGGUCGUCCGCCGCCUUCAUCAUCUCCUACGUGGUCGCCGUGCUCUCCGGGCACGUCAACCCCUUCCUCCCUUACAUCAGUGACACAGGAACAACACCUCCAGAGAGUGGUAUUUUUGGAUUUAUGAUAAACUUCUCUGCAUUUCUUGGUGCAGCCACGAUGUACACAAGAUAUAAAAUAGUGGAGAAGCAGAAUCAAACCAGCUAUUUCAGCACGCCUGUUUUUAACUUGGUGUCGUUAGUUCUGGGAUUGGUGGGAUGUAUCGGAAUGGGCAUUGUAGCCAAUUUUCAGGAGUUAGCUGUCCCCGUGGUCCACGACGGCGGGGCCCUUCUGGCUUUUGUCUGCGGUGUCGUGUACACACUUCUGCAAUCUGUCAUCUCUUACAAAUCGUGUCCCCAGUGGAACAGCCUCUCCACGUGCCAUGUAAGGAUGGCUAUCUCCGCCGUUUCCUGUGCAGCUGUGGUCCCCAUGAUUGCCUGUGCUUCACUAAUUUCUAUAACCAAGCUGGAGUGGAAUCCAAAAGAAAAGGAUUAUGUAUAUCACGUAGUGAGUGCGAUCUGUGAAUGGACAGUGGCCUUUGGUUUUAUUUUCUACUUCCUAACAUUCAUCCAUGAUUUCCAGGGGGUUACCCUAAGGAUAUCCACAGAAAUCAAUGAUGACAUUUGAAGAACGAAGAAUUACACCUCACUCAGUGACGGUCACAGACAAUUUCUAGGAAUGGUAUAGGGGACAGAUAGGGUUAUAAUGCUGCUGAGUGGCAUGCAUCUGCGGCACACUGAGGACUCAAGUUUCAUUAUGAAUUCCCAGUAGUUGUACUGUUUGCAAAGGUAUGUUUUCCUAGAGAAUGUAGAGCAUUUAUGACAUUGUAGCAAUGUUUUUAUAAUUUUCUAAAUAGAUACUUUUUUUAUAUUCACAAAUUCAUUACAGAAAAGAUGAGGUGUUACAGAAAACAGAGCUCUUAUUUUUGUACAGAUUCUGUUUUGUUGUUUGUGUGCGUGUGAGUGAUUUCUGGAAAUACACUAAAUGAGGAAUUUAUUAAAACAUAAAAUUGGGAAAUUCAUUUUUAAAUUUCGUGUUUAGAUAAUGAACUGUAUAUUUUUAUAUCAGAGCAUUUUUAAAAUUCAAUUUAUGGUAAUCAUAAAGAUUUAGUUAAUAAAUUAACACUAACUAAGAAACUGAUUUUUAGAUCAACUAAGCAAAAUGGUUCUAUCGAUAAGCCUUAAUACCACUAUGUACGUUAACUCUAAGUGAACACCGAAGACCUCAGUAUUCAAAUUCCGCCCUGCUUAACCUCCCUGCUCACAAGAGCUGGAGCUUUUAACUUUGUUGUUCCUUGGCUGUCUGUCAUGAGAAUAAUUUCAGGUGGGAUGGAUUCAGCGAGGUUGAUGAGAAAUCAGAAACCUUAUAACAACCGGGUAAAAUGGAAAGGUUUUCCAUCUAACAGGAAAACCUCACCGGAGUCUGGGUUGCUAUCUUUGCUAGACGAACGACGAGGGGAAAGUGUGUCUCAGGGAAUAUUUGUGGGAGGUAGGAUUGUGCAAAGGAGACUUUUGCUUCAUAUAAAACGUCUGCAAAGCCAACCUGUGAACAUCAUUAAAAAUACCAUUUAUAAAGCCAGCCUUUAUUGUCACUGGCAUAACUUGAUAUGCAGUCUGACUCAGAAGCUGAAACUUAACAUCUCAAAUUCAUUUCAUGCCUGUGAACAUGUUGAAGAGAACACAGGUCCCAGAUGGAGAGGAGAAAGGAGACAGUUAGCAGGGUGCAGUUCAUUUGCUCCCCCUUGUAAUGCCUGUAGCUGCACGUUUGCACACUGUGUAAAACAUGAGUCAGGAGCUUUGCAAUGACAUGCUGUCUCCCCUGAGUGCUCAGAGUAGGAACCUGAUAACCAUUUCUGCAUCUGUUGUAACUUGUCAUAAUGCCAUGGAUCCCCAUUGUCACACCGGAAAUGAAAGACCGAUGAAAGCCGUGUCAAGCGUUCAUUAUUCCAAAGAAGAGGAGGAACACCACGUACCUUCACUAUGGAACCUGUAGAUGAAUGAAUUCUUGGUGGUUCUCACUUCGAACAGACUUGUUAUCAGCACUUCUUAUAAUGUACUGUCAUUCUUCAUGCCCACGUCUGCCUGCAAGAUUAGAUUGGGAGCUCCUCGAAGACAGAGCAUGUGCCUUCAUCUUUCUCUUUAUAAUUCCAGCAUUUAACCAGGUACCUCUGGGUACACAGUAGGUGCUUAAUAAAUACUCACUGAAUGCAUGAAUGAUUGAGUGAACAAAUAAAAGAAUGACUAGGGAUAUUUGUAGUGCUGCCUAAUGAGAUUCACUCUGGUUUACUAGUUAAGGGAUAAACCAAUAGUCUGUCUCAUCCAGUAAUGUUGACUGUUUUGCAUUGUAUACUGUGAACAUUUCAGUUGUUUGGGCUUCACCACCCUAUGACAACUGUCUUCAGCCUGGACAUUUACCACAGACAUUGUCACAUGGGCUAGACAAAAUGUACCGCGGGCUUGGCAAUCUGAGGAGGCCAAAAUUCAGACAAUCACAUUCUCCUGAUUCCAUGCAACCUCUAAAGCUGGUCUUAUCCACAUUUUGGUAUUAUUUCUAAUUUCCAUGAGUUUGCAUUGCCUCAUGGCAGAAAGAGUAAAAUAAAAUGAAAUAUUUCUUUA